CCACACCGCUGCCCAAGCUGCUCGCAACGUACUCGACGAAUCCACAUUACUAGCGCACACAAGCUCUAGCGAAAGUGCUGGACAGCAGACACAUAGAAAGUCAUUUCUACAGUUCCCAGUUCCAAUAAUUGCCAGAAUAUCCAACAUAAAAGCGCCAACGGAGCUUCCUUUAUGACUACGGGCACGUUGCGAGGACAAAAAAUAUGCCGCACGGCGACAGCCUCAAGUAACUCGCGGUAUGUCCGUAAGCAUAUCUUGGAGCUAGCUCCGUACACGCCAAUAUUGCCUUUCGAAGUUCUUUCUGAGAAAUUUGGGUUCUUACCUGAGGAUAUUGUGAAGCUAGAUGCCAAUGAGAACCCAUAUGGCCCCCCCCCAGAGGUGGCUGAAGCGUUGUCUUCGCUUAAAUUUCCGCACGUCUAUCCUGAUCCCGAAUCUCGUCAGCUGCGACAAACCCUGGCAAAAGAAACUGGUGUUCCUUUCGAAAAUCUGAUAAUAGGGUGUGGUGCUGACGAGCUGAUCGAUCUUUUGAUGCGCGUCGUAAUUGAUCCAAACGACGUCGUCAUCAAUACCCCUCCAACAUUUGGAAUGUAUGCAUUCGACUGCGCAGUAAAUGGUGGCACUGUUGUCGAUGUUCCUCGGUGUAAUGCUGAUGGCUUCAAAAUCGAUGUGGAAGCAAUACAACGAGCUGUUUACAAGCAUAAACCUAAACUACUGUUUCUCACCUCCCCAAACAACCCUGAUGGUUGUGUUCUAUCAGACCGAGAGCUUCUUUUAAUGCUCGAGCUUCCUGUUCUCGUAGUUCUCGACGAGGCAUAUAUCGAGUUCGCAUCUUGUAAAAGCCAUAUUGCUGACGUAGUCAAAUAUGACAAUCUUAUAGUUCUGCGCACAUUUAGCAAGUGUGCAGCCCUUGCAGGUAUGCGAGUUGGGUAUGGCGCAUUUCCCAAGGGCCUGAUUGAUUACAUCUGGCGUGCCAAACAACCUUACAAUGUUUCAGCUGCAGCGGAGGUGGCAGCCUGUGCAGCCUUAAGUAACCCAGAGUACUUGCAAGAAGUGAAAGGGAAACUUGUUCAGGAGAGGACUCGACUUCACUCUUUGCUUUCAAGAAUCUCUUAUCUGAAGCCAUAUCCUUCAGAGGCAAACUUUGUCUUGUGUAGAGUUAUUGGGAGAGAUGCUCUUCAGUUGAAGGAGAAAUUGGCUAAGAAUGGGAUCAUGGUGAGACAUUAUUCAAGUCCUGAAAGCAUCUCUGGUUGCAUUCGCAUCUCUGUUGGGCGCCCUGAGCAAACUGAUGCGAUAGUUGCUGUAUUGUCUGCGAUUUAGAUUGACAUCCAAAUCCAAUUAUGAAACCUGUAAUUCCACGUCUAAUCGAGUUACUGUAUGUGGUACUGUACGCGUGUACGCCCACCUCGUGAAAAAGUCCGACGAACACGUACAACGUACUGAAGCACUGAUCUCUUCUCAGGUAGAAAAAUAUAUUUCUAAGAUCGUGCGCUAAGUUCAUAAAAUAUCUUAGAAAGUUGCCUUGAUAUAUACCUGGACUUGCUUUUAGGCCCUAUACAUUCAUUACUCCUAAUUCAUACUUCCCUUCGAAGGUAUUCUAGCCCUCGUAUAUGAUACUUCUGGAAGUAUUAAUACAACCUGUAUAUUGUAGACAUAAUAGAUAGAUAGAUAGAUAGAUAGACACGUACCUUUAGAAGGUUCGGAAGCCCUUCCGGAAGACGAAGUUAUUUAUAUAUUUAACUACUGUGCCCUAACCCAAGACACUCGGAACCGUUCACUGCGCCAGCCUCAUCUUGCUUGCGGUAACUAUUUUUCUGCAGCCUUGUAUCAGUUCGGCCGGAGGGUUCCAAUUCGCUCGAUCUGUGUCACACCCGCCUUUGUCACUUUAAAAGUAGUACACGACAUUUCACAGUUAUCAGGAACAUCGUAUGUGAGGCUAGUAUACUGAUCUUGCGGCGGUGGAGUGGAAGUACAAGGUAAGACUCUGCUGGCAGCGGUGACGGCCAUCUGGGACUCUGCUGGGAGGCAACGGCACUGCACUCCUUUUAAAUAAACAUGCACUAUUUUACUUUUUGUAUUUCCUUCGCACCACUCAAAACCUGUUCACCCUUAAUCUGAUCUCUGCCCCGAUUCGCGGAACAGUCAACUGUAUGCACCUCGGUAUUAUUUAAAUUUAAGUUUCCUGCGGUGUUCCUUGGGUUCUGUCCCCGGGCCGUGACUUUUGGUGCAGAUGCCGCGCUUUGAAGCGCUGACUGGAUUGUGGCUUGCUUACGCGCGUGUUCUAGUGUCUUUAAAACACGAGUAGCUCUCUCCAACCGCAAUUCUCUUGUGUGCUUUGAUCGGGAUGAGUAUCCCAUGCACGCAGAAUGAAAUGAAGCUCUAGGGCUACCACGUAGUUCGAU